AUGUCACAACAUCAAGAUACAUCUCCUUCUAAAAAUACUAAGUGUACUCCAAAAGUUAGUGUUCCUCCCAUGGGCAUCCCUGAUGAUGAGAUUCUAGAUGUUGCUCCUCUGUUAUUCCCGACACGGACAUUUAUUUUAACCAACCCAUCUCCAUUGAUGCCUCCGCUUCUGCAUGUUCCAAUCAAGGAAGGAACACACUAUACUGAUCGUGUUAUAAGAGACCUAGUUACAAGAAUUCUUAAUGAAGGCCUUUCUGUGAAGGGAGUUUCUACUCCCCUUGCUCAAAUGUAUCCCUCUCUUGAGGUUGAACAACAUAGUGGUAAGGGUGAUGAUUCCUCCAAUUCUGAAAAGGACUUGGCUGCUGAAGGGUUGUGCUCUCUAGGGAAAAACGUAUCUAAAAAAGGGAAAUUUGUGGCCUCUAACACUACUAAUGCUUCCCACUCUGAGAAGCACGAUAAUGCAAAUGUUGUGAUUGAUCUAGAGGAUGGUAGUUCUGAUGAUCAAGAGGAAAGCUUGAUUCAUCACAUAAAGCCAAGUGUGGCUAAACGUAUGAAGACUCGCAAAGGAAAAUCUGUGGUUGAACUUAUCAAGGUUGGAAUAAAGAAGAGGAAGGUCAGAGAUGAUUUUAAGCCUGAAGAGGAUGUUAAGGAAGAUGUCCCUGAUAUCUCACCUGCGAAGAAAACUACUGUUAGGAAGUCUCCUGUUGAAGUACCUGUUGUUCAUUUAGAUAACAUCUCCUUCCAUCUUGAGGAUGGAGUUGCUAAGUGGAAAUUUGUGAUUCAGAGAAGGGUAGCUGUGGAAAGGGAAUUCAAAAAAGAUGUUGUUGAUGUCAAGGAGGUCAUGGACCUGAUAAAAGUUGAUGGGCUUUUGAAGACUGUUGUUGGGUUUUCUCAAUGCUACGAAGGUUUAGUCAAGGAAUUUAUUGUUAAUAUUCCUGAGGAUAUUUCUGAUAAGAACAGCAAGGAGUUCCGCAAGGUAAAAAAUGAGGGUGCAGGAGAAUUAGAGGUUACAGACAAUCAGGUCUGUAGAGAGAUUACAGCUAAGCAGGUGAAAGUUUGGUCUUUCAAAAAGCAUCUUCCUGUUGGGAAGUUGACUAUCAAGUAUGCUAUCCUACAUAAAAUAGGAGCUGCUAUCUGGGUCCCUAGAAACCAUAUCUCCACCAUUGCUAAUACUCUUGGGAGGAGAAAACCAGCUCUGUCUGUGCACUACAAACUCUUUGAAGGCAGUCAUGUCGAGGAUAUUGUCAUGACAUCUGCCAUGAAGAGGCCAGCCUCAAAAGUUGGAGCAAUUGCUGAGCUUAAGGAGACAUGCAAAGAGCUAGGUGAAGGGAUUAGGGUAGCCACAACUAGAAAACAAUCUUUGGAAGCCUUGAUUGAAAGCUUGGAGCAGGCUGAGGGUGAAAAUGUUGAACAUGCUAAUGUCAGCCAUGAAGAAGAAGCUGAAGCCCACACCUCUAGUGAGAGGUCUACUAACAAUGAUGAUGCGAGUGGUAAUUCUGAUUCUGGUGCCGUUGAAGAAGCUGCAAACUCAAGCUCUAAUGAGUAG